AUGGCUGUGUUUCUAUCUGCUACUUUGCUAAUCAUUGGAAUGUUCCAUUUUGUGCCUAUACUUGAACAAGACUUGGUGGCCAAGUGGGACUUUGUAACGAGACAAUUGGCGUGGGAGUUAUUUGAUAGAAGUAAAAUGAUCAAGUACAAAUUUGAAUUACCAUGGAAGAAUAUUUUGGCCAUGCGAGCUGGUAUAGAAGAAAACACCAGGCAUGGAAUUCUGGAAAUUGAGCUAGAAAAGGAACCGACAUUCUACUAUCGUGACAUUAAUCCAAGACCAGGAUUUAAUGAUACAUGGGUGUUACUAUCAGAAGACUUCACGGGAGGUCAUGCCAUAACAUACAGGAGGCACUAUCUUAGGUUUCCGCAUGGAGUUCUUGACAAACACUAUAUGACGUUGUUGAAUGGUCAUAAACAAUUAUUGGAGUUGAGCCUACGACCUUUUCCAAUAUUGAAAUCUCCAUACUUCGGUCCACCUUUAUUAGAUGAAGAGGUGAUGAUGGAUAACUCUCAUGAUGCAGAAGAGACCCUUAGUAGUCAAGACCAAGGACUUAAUGAGAGCAUAUGUGAGAACGAUGUGAUAUAUAGCCUUGUGAAAAUGGGGUUGGAAGAUGAAGAAAUUGAUGACCAAGUAAGAGUGGACAACAAGUUGAAAUUGAAGAAAGGUAAUUGA